AUGGCAAUUGGCGAUCCAUUUUCUGAUUUAAACUUCCGAAAACAAAUUGGGCAAGAGAUCAAAGAAAUAGAUAUUAAAUUUUGUGAAGAAGUAGAUGAUAGUAAACUCAUGAUUAAAAGACAACUUCCCUUUUUAUUAAUG